AUGGCUGGCAUCAGCUACCUCACGGCGAACUGGACGACGACCGCCAUCGUCGCCAUCGGCGGCUGGACCCUCUACCUGCUCGGACUUGCGGUAUAUCGCCUCUACUUCAGCCCAAUCUCCAAGAUCCCUGGUCCCAAACUCGCGGCUCUGACACUCUGGUACGAGUUCUACUACGAUGUAGUCAAGCAAGGCCGCUACACCUGGAAGAUCGGGGAGAUGCACACGACAUACGGCCCAAUCGUCCGGAUCAACCCCUAUGAAGUCCACAUCAACGACCCAGACUAUUACAACGAGAUCUAUACGGGUCCGAGUAAGCGGCGAGAGAAAUGGGUCUGGUCCGCGAACAUGUUUGGCACCUCGUCGAGCUUCUUCAGCGCCAUCUCGCACGAUCUGCAUCGGCGACGCAGAGCGCCGUUCAAUCCGUUCUUCUCCAGAGCGUCGGUUCAGAAACUCGAGUAUAUGAUCAAGGAUGUCGUCGGACAGCUUUGCUCGCGAUUGGAAGGGUUUCGUGAGACCAAAGAGCCCGUCAAUCUGCGUCAUGCGUUUGCCGCUGUGACGAUGGAUGUCAUUACUGACUAUGCCUUUGGGACGAGCUAUAAAUGCCUCGAGGAGCCUGACUUUGCUCCAAUCUGGCCUGACUCUGUGGAUAGUGUCUCGGAGCAGAGUCAUCUGAACAAGCAGAUGCCUUGGAUACUUUCGCUGAUGCGGCAGACGCCGCUGUGGAUCGUCGAGCGCAUGAAUCCGCAUAUCAUGCGCCUGAUAAGAUUGCAAAUGUUGCUGACCAUGACUCAGGACCUGGCCACGCAAGUCUCGCAACAUCUCAGCGGCAAGGCUGUCGACAACAAAGUUUCCAAUCACCCUACCAUCUUCAACGCGCUUCUCCAACCAGGUGUUCUGCCUCCAGAGGAGCAAACCGUCGCUCACCUCGUCGACGAAGCACAAGCCGUAGUGGCCGCCGGUCAAGUGACAACAACCCACUACCUCAACACAACAGCCUACCACAUCAUCGCCAACCGCUCCAUCUCGACACGCCUCAAGCAUGAACUCAAAACCGCCAUGCCAGACGGAACUCUCCCCACCCUCCAACGCCUCGAACAACUCCCCUACCUAACAGCCGGCGUCCUCGAAGGCUACCGCAUCUCCUACGGCGUCACCCACCGCCUCCAGCGAGUCUCCCCAGACGAACCCCUAACCUACAAAGAAUACAUCAUCCCCGCUGGCACCCCCAUGAGCAUGACGUCCAUCUUCAUGCACGACAACGAACACCUCUUCCCCUCGCCCCGAGAAUUCAAACCCGAGCGAUGGCUAGAGCCGGGAGCACGGGAGAAACUCUCAAACUACCUCGUCAAUUUCAGUAAAGGCACGAGGGGCUGUCUCGGACAGGAACUGGCGAGCGCGGAGAUUUACUUCACGCUGGCGGCGGUGUUUAGUAGGUUUGAUUUUGAGCUGUAUAAGACGACGAGGGAGGAUAUUGAUGUGGCGCAUGAUUUCUUCAAUCCGCAGCCGAGGAAGGGGAGUGUUGGGUUGAGGGCUGUUGUGAAUUAA